GUUAGUGUGCAUUACCACAGUAUAUAUCUCUGUUAUCGUUUGUACAAAAAAUUUUUUGAACGAACGUGCGAAACGGUUGACAAUCGCGCAUUGACUUUUUCGUGUGAUAUGCGAAAGGAAGAUACAGUGAAAAAUCGCUAACAAUUGAAAAAUCAAAUAUACUUUUUUUUAAGUAAAUGGAAAUCGUGCAAUUGAUUUCAAAUGAUUUGGAUUUAAGAAAGAGAUAGAGUGAGACAGAGUGAGCGAGUGAAAGGCAUAGAAAGAGAAAGAAAGACAAAAAAUUAAAUUUCCAAAUAAAUAAAAUUUAAAAAUCCGACAAAUUCAUUCGCUGAGAAAAAAAAAACAAAUUAUGAUCAAAAGAUAUCAUAGAUACUGCUACUGUAUUUGUUACAAUUCGCAAAUGCAAUUGAAAAUCGUUCUUUGCUUGCGGUCAAAAUAGAUAAUUUUGAAUGCGUAUUACAAACUGACAUUUCGUGGUCAUUAAAACACUGGGCUUGCUUGCUGUUUCAUUGGUUCAUUAUCUCUUGCAUCACUUUUCAUUCUUUCUUUUGAUCUCAUUUCAAUACAAACGCACACAUAACCACCUGACCCAUGGUUAGCAAAAUUGUGUGCAUUUUCACGUAUAAUGAAAAUAAAUGAAUUAGAUGCAUAAUUCAUGUUGAUAAAUUUAUCGGCCCGACCGCAAAAUAUUUACAAUAUUAUGUGCAAAAGAGCAAAUGUGAAUCAGAAACCAAAUACAUAUGUGUGUUUUUAUGUGUGCAAAAAACAAUCAAGUGUUUGUCAAAGAAAAAAUCUAUGAACACUGGUGUUAAAUCUGUUAAAAUAGUAAAAUGCAUCAGAGUUGAGGUCAUGCAUGAAUGUCAAGCCUCAAAUUGGCAGUGCUCAAAUUGCUAAUUUAAAAUAUUAAACUUUAAAAUUACUGACUCACACCAUCUGUUCAAUCUAAUAAUUUAAACGAAAAUGUCAUCAAAUACAAUAAUUAUUACAAAUUCGUGAAUAAGCCGUUUGAGUGGAGGACAGUGUGAGACCGGGAAUUCGUUUGAAACAAAACAAUAAUAAAAAAAAAUCAACAAACAUCGAAUGCGCAUUUUUAUUGAACCAAUAAUUGUGAAACGAUCUGAAAGUUUUAAUUGAAGCGUUAAAAAAGACAUUCCACCCGUAUAAUUAUCCCAACCCUUUAACUAAAUUAUACACCAAUUAAAAUCUCGCAUCGGCUUUUGUCCGCGCAAUCAUUGAUUUUUCGUUUAAAACGAAGAAGAAGAAAAGAAGUAGAACAUUAUAUUGAACAAUUGAAGUCUUUCAAAAGAUAAAGUGCAAAAUUAACACUUUCACUUGCCAAAGGUUGAAAGAGGCGGGUACGGUAGUGAAAUUGUGUGAUUUUCAAUCAGAAUUAUCAAUAUUAUCGUGUAUUUGUGAGCAAAGACAAAUAAAUAUACCCCGCAAUCAUGUACGGAUUCGUGAACUAUGCUCUUGAGCUACUUGUGCUCAAGCAUUUCGGAUUAGAUGUAUGGGAGAAAAUCAAGAAAAAGGCCGAUCUUAGCAUGGAAGGACAGUUUCUAAUCAGACAAAUUUACGACGAUGAAAUUACGUAUAAUUUGAUUGGAGCAGCUGUGGAAAUUUUAAAUAUUCCAGCUGAUGAUAUUCUGGAGUUGUUUGGUAAAACAUUUUUUGAAUUUUGCCAGGAUUCGGGAUACGAUAAAAUCCUACAAGUGCUCGGUGCCACUCCACGUGAUUUUUUACAGAACUUAGAUGCCUUACACGAUCACUUGGGUACAUUGUAUCCAGGAAUGCGAGCGCCAUCAUUUCGUUGCACUGAAGAGAGUGAUGGUUCCUUAAUUUUACAUUACUAUUCCGAACGACCUGGAUUAGAACACAUUGUGAUAGGUAUCGUUAAGUCGGUUGCGUCAAAGUUACAUGGUGUCGAAGUCGAAAUCAAAGUGGUCAAACGAAAAGGCGAACCGCUAAAUGAUGAUGAAUCAACGAAUUUUGCCGAAGUAAGCACAACAACAACAACGCUACAUGCCACAACGUCGACGAACGACAACACAGCCGUAUGUCCCCAUCAACAUCAACAACAAAAAUCUAACGAUUCACACAAAACAAAUGGAAAACUAUUAAAUAAUUUAGCUACAUGCGAAAGUUGCUGUACAAAAUCUAGUAGUAACACAAAUUUGAGCUGUAAAGAACCAAAACAUACGUCUAGAUACGGACCAUUCGGACCUUUUGUGAAAUGUAUAAAUAAUUUAGAAUCGAAAUAUUUAGGUGAAAAAUUAGCGCGUCAUGGAAGUCUCGAAAGUUUGGAGCGUCCAAAAUGCGAGGGAAUUAUUGUGCCGCCAAAGCCGCGAAAAAAGGAGGUCGAACUAUCUGAUCACAUUCAAUUUUUGAUAACGGAAAAGUCAGCGCCGCAAACAUCAAGUUCGGUUGAAGUAUCACGUGAAGCAAUCGACGAAGGUGAUGUAAUUUCUGAAGAGGGCUUAAUAUCGACCGAAACAUUCUGUAGAAUAUUUCCGUUUCAUAUGAUGUUUGAUAGACAUAUGCAAAUAGUUCAAGUUGGAAAAUCCGUUUCGAGAAUCAUUCCAAGGCUUACUGAAACAAACUGUCUACUAAAUGAUGUAUUGGAAGCUGUCCGGCCACACGUAAACCUCACUUUUGAUAAUAUUUUAGCACAUAUCAACACGAUUUAUGUACUAAAAACGAAAACCGGUGCGUUAGCUGGACAAGGUUAUUUACGACUCAAGGGUCAAAUGCUUUACAUAGCCGAAACGGAUCUGAUAUUAUUCCAAUGUUAUCCGAGCGUUAUGAACUUAGACGACCUAACAAAGAAAGGAUUGUAUAUAUCUGAUGUUCCAAUACAUGAUGCGACACGUGAUUUAGUUUUGUUGUCUGAACAAUUCGAAGCCGGAUAUAAAUUAACGAGAAAUUUAGAAGUGCUCACUGACAAAUUACAGCAAACGUAUCGUGAGCUGGAAAGUGAAAAGCAAAAAACCGAUAGGCUGCUCUAUUCCGUGCUACCAAUCACCGUUGCAAAUGAGCUCCGGCAUCAGAGACCGGUCGCACCAAAACGGUAUGACACGGUAACGUUGCUGUUUUCUGGUAUCGUUGGUUUUGCACAGUAUUGUGCAGCAAAUACAGACGCAGAGGGUGCCAUGAAAAUUGUGAAAAUGUUAAAUGAACUGUACACAAUAUUCGAUGCAUUGUGUGACACAAAACGUAUACCAAACAUCUACAAAGUCGAAACUGUUGGCGAUAAGUACAUGGCGGUGUCCGGACUACCAGAAGCAUGCGAAAAUCAUGCCAAAUGGAUUGCAAAACUGGCCUUAGAUAUGAUGGACAUGGCUAAAUAUGUUCAAAUGGGUGCCGAACCGGUGAAAAUCACGAUUGGCAUACAUUCGGGAGAAGUUGUGACAGGUGUUAUUGGAAAUCGAAUGCCACGAUAUUGUCUAUUUGGGAAUACAGUGAAUUUGACAAGUCGAACGGAAACAACUGGCGCACCCGGUCGAAUUAAUGUGAGCGAGGACACGUACAAAUUAUUGUGCAAUAGUGACAAAUUUGAUGAGCCGUUUGACUUUGAAUAUCGCGGUUUGGUGACGAUGAAAGGUAAAGCGGAGCCCAUGAAAUGCUGGUUCUUGAAUCGUUCGAAAAGCGACUACGCCAAUAUACCACAUCCUGAGGAUCUUUUAAGAUAAUCAAAAUGAAGCAGUGCUUUACGGUGCCGUAAUUUGCAACGCGUGUACUCUAUUGUGUAAAGUUAGAGCGAGUAGAUUGAAUGUACGAAUAGAGGAGAAUGACAACAAUUUAGCGAUUGAACAAACAAACGAACGAAGACAUACAUUGUUUGUUAUAUACUAUAGUAAUAACUAUAUGGCAGCAUACAACACAGAUACAUUUUCAUCAUCUCCACGUUUUUAUUCACAUUCUAUUCACCGCAUUGCCGUACGCAACAUGUGUGUUUGUGUUUGUGUGUGUGUGUGUGUUCGUGUGUGUAGACAUUAUUGUUACUUUAAGCAUAUUUCAUUCUGUUGUUUUUUUUUAUCUUUCGCGUCUCCAAAUCAACUCUUCCGCCCACAAAAGCCUAAAACGCGGAUGGAGAAACUUUUUUGAAUGUAUAUGUGUGUGUAUACCAAUCUACUACUACAUAAAAUAUAUGUUAUGAAGAUAUAGUCAAUUUUCUUUCGUAAAUGUGCGUGCCCAUUUAAAUUACUUCCAAACAUAAAUUGAAAGCUUUAAACAAAAUAAAUUAUUUCUUCACACUAUACGUGAGCGGAAAAUAUAUAUAUAAAAAUAAUCAUAAAAAUGAAAUGAGACGUUGUAAAUAAUUGAGAUAAAUCAAAAAAAAAUCUCUCUGAAAGUAAAUGGCGCAAAAGAAACAUGCAAAUCAGAGAUGUGAACAGCAAAUGCGAUUUAUCUCGCGAAUGAGACAACCGUUGCGUGUUUGCGUUUCCACCAAUCUGAAUGGAUACCAAAAAAAAAGAAAUGAAAAUGGUAAAAAUGCUUGGUACACCUUUCAAACAUGUCACAUGCGUUCUGAGAAAAUGUGCGCGCUCUUCUCUCAUAACAUUUCGUUUUCAUAAUAUUCACAUUCCUUUCGCUUCUAUUAUGUGUGCGUGUGUCUCUCUGUGUGUGUUUUGGUUUUCAUUUAAAAAUGAUUUUUUUUGGUUUCAUUACAUCAUUAAUCGCCUCAUUUUCACCAUAAAUUUGGCAUUUUGCUGGUUCACAUAAUAAGUCGAACACAAUUAUCACCGUCAACAAACCAUACACAUAAUCCUUACACAUUCAAUCCAUACAUAUAUAUCACAAUGAAUAGAAACAAACAAAAAAAAAGGGUGUGUAUGCACACGAAAACUUUACGACAAGUGCAACACAGACAACAAACAUGCUUUAUAACCUAUUCUAUCAACGAACAUGGUGAAAAGUGCCAACUUUUUAUAAUAAUAAAAACUAUGCGAUCAGUCUUCUACCAUUUAACGUGCAUACACACAUCAACAGCAGCAAUAUUUUACACGUAAGCAAAUAAUCCUAAAAAUAAAAUUAAUUAUGAUAGCAUAGUAAUUAAAUGAAAAAUAAACAAUGCAAAUUACACUAUUAUUGCAAUAUAAAUAUACAUAAAAUGUAAGUGGGUGAAAAUGAAGCAGGCAGAAAGAAACAUGAUGCCGAUUAUCGAAUAUGAAACAACCAAGUUAAACAUUAGCUCAGUAGCAAAUGGCCACAAAAAAAAUAUCUCCCCAGCCACAUUUUUCGUUAAUUGAAAGAGGAUACUUUUGAGGAAAUUAUCAUUUUUGGGAAGCGACAGAUGAUUCUAGUUCCAUAUCUGUUUGCCAUACUUCAAUGUAUGCGUAGGUGAAUUCAUGAUCUCAAUCUCUCGCUUUCGUCAAGAUUCCAACUGAGCAUUCUGUCGUGGAAUGUUUGCAUUAAAUAAUUUGCAUACAUAUGAAGUGUUAUCUUUUUUUUUGUUGAGGAACAAAAGAGAGAAUCUCCAUAGGGAGGUUGUAAGCCCGGAUGGCUCCCCCAUUAAAAAAAAAGAAUUCGCGGUUUACUUAACCCAAAGAAACAAUAAAAAUGAAAUUAAUCACCUUUUUGUUUGUCAUUUUUUUUUGUAAUUUUUGGACUCCCCUUCAUGAUUUCUGAUUGUGCCCAUGUAUGCUUGACACUUACACACACAAAUGGAAUUGCAAGAAUGCACUUGAAAUUAUGUGAAUGGAAAAUGUGAGAGAGUGAAAAAUGCAAUGCAAAUGUUCCAUUUCGUUCCCUUUUCACAGUACAAACAUGUGCGCGUCGACAAAAUUUUAUAUUAUAAAAGUUGUGUCUGUGCACUUCUAUCAAACGCCUCUUAUUGUUAUUCGUUCUAUUUCUACUCACGGAAAUGGAAAGUUCGUUUCGUCUCUGUUCGACAAGAGGAGAAAAAAAACAGAUCCCAUAUUAUCUUCGUAUAAACAUCACUUUUAAGUAAAAUAUAUGAACAUAAAUGCAAAAUAUAAGCUAUGAUGCAAACAUUUAGCCCUCUAAUAUGAAAUAAUGGCAUCAUUUUCAUUGUGUAUUUUAUUCAGCAUAUGGCAGUGGCCAAAGAAUGUGAACGAAAAAGUGACACAGCUAGUGAGCAACAACAAUAAAAUUCAUUGUGCCCAAAAUGAUUUUCGGCUUUUCACUGAAACUCUUAGAUGUGCAUCUAGUACUUUCAGCUUUAGCUCAGUGCUUAGUUGGUAUUUGCGUACAUAAGCCAGUAUGUAGGAGCUAUAAUCAUAUUUAAACUAUGCAAGGAAGCUCAUUGGUAUUGGUCCAACAUGAGCCAAUAUAUUAAAUAUUCAAUUUCAAAGGAAAAUUCCUCAAUUUAAGUGGAUUUAAUAAAUACACAAAUUACAACGAUCGCAUUCUUGGCAAAAAGAAUGAAGAACUAAGUGCUUUGAAUACGAUAUAGUUGAUUCGAUUCAAUCGUGACGCAAAGUCACUUUCCCAUAUUCUACAUGGUUCGUUUUUUUGUUAGUUUUCGUUUGGCAGUGAACGAACACAUCAUAUAUGUAUGAAGAGAUGAUAAUAUCUCAUACGCAUCAUCAUUUACUGUUCUCACAUUGCUAUAAUAGAUGGGAACAAUAAUAAUAAUCAACGAGCGAAAACGUGAACACUUCAUUUGUCAGUCGUACGUCCGCCACACAAUGCUUGUUGCAUGAAAAAAUGUACACAAUUCACAUAUUGCACAUUAUUUGCUUUUUUUGUGUGUUUGAAUUAGAUUACAAAAGGUCAAACUACUGAACAUUUUGCACUAUUCACAAUUCAUAUUUCACAAAUGGAAAAAAAGUGAAAAUAUUUAUGUUUGCCGAGAGCAAGUGUGGGACAACACUGAAAUACCAAUAAUAUCUCACAGCAAUUGUCAGCAUAUUCGAAUUUAAUUUGAUCACAAACUAGCCAUUUCAUUUAUUAAAUGAUAUAAAGUGAUUGGAAUGACUAACGCCUGUGGGCCAGUGUAAUUGCGUAAUAGAAAAUCUGAUGGGAAAAUAUUAUGCGUUUUUUUUUCUUCUCGUCCAUACGUGCUUUUUCCCAUUUCUCCCACAUGGUAUCGAUAAUAGUAAUUAUUUUUCAUUUGCAAUUGAGCACGCAACAUAUUUGAACUGUAAAUGAACCAGUUAUAAAAGCUUGCACUCAUCAAUCUCCAAUUAAAUAACAAUAGUUUGCGUAUUAUUCGGGGUUGUUGGUAAUAAGUUAAGGGAUAAAUAUUUAAAUAUAACAAAUGAGCAUGCAGAGAAAUAAAAAAAAAUGCACGAAAGCGAAAUGGAUGCAUCAUGGUUAUUAAAGCACAGUGCGAAUGGGUGAUUGCAAGUUUUUUGGUGUUCACGCUUAUUUACACAUUAAAAUUAAUUUGAAAUUAAUUAAUCCAAUGAGCGUUUAUGGGAGAGAUAGAUAAAGAGAGAGAGAGAGAGAGAAAGAGAGAGAAAAAGAGGGAGGGGAGGAAGAAGGCAUAAAAACACAGCUAUAGAAAUGAUGCAAUAAGUUGCAUAGGUAUUUCUCAACCGAAUGCUAAAAUUCAGACCGAUUUAAAUAAUUCAGAGACACGUGACUUAACCGAACAAAACUUAGCAAAUGGAAUAGAAUAAAUGUGCUUGCAAAACUUUUUGUGCAUACAAAAUCAGUUGGAGAUACUAUAAAUAUGAGCGAGAAAUAGAGAGAGAAAUGGCAAAAAAAAGGAUGAGGAUGCAUGAGAGUGUUGAUUUAAAUUCUCGAGUUGAGACGAAAUAAAUUUGUCUCCCGGCUCAAUUAAUUUAUUCGGUUUAUAAAUUAUUAAUUUCAAAUGAUAAUUUAUGAAGAGUUUUUUUUUUAGAUGAAAAUCCGCCAAAACAGAGACAUACAAACAAAAAGUUUAUAGAAAAUAAGAGAAGAAGUGAGAGAGAACAAUGAAAAUAAAAUUACGAUAGAAACAGAGUAUCGCAUUGUGUAACAAGUUAAAUAAUAAUAACAAUUAAUAAUUCAUUCAUACAACGAUGCUAAAAUUUGGUGAGAUUUAUGGCAAUAUUUUUUUUGCGUCUCAAUAUUACACCCUUGUGUGUAUAGGGGAGUUGGGGGGUGGAAUCGGGUUGGCUCGCUUUCCAGGCAUAUAUCUCAAAUGUCAAGAUCGAAUGGGUGGACGGUACGGUAUCAUUUGGGGUUACAUCUUUCUGAGAUACACCCAAAUUUUUUGAUUUUAUAUUUUGGAUUUUUAGUUGGCCAACAUGCUUCUUCAUGCCUUUGGCAUAUUUUUAAUGUAUUUAAAUGGAAAUUAUUCAUAUUCACAAGAAAGCACUCGACUUUAGCUACAAAAAAAUUGCAUACCCAACAAAAUAUUUGAUGUGAAAAAGUUUGAAUUCUGUAAAUGCAAAAAAAAAACCAAUUUCAAAGAGCGGAAUACACAAUUGUCGUUCAGCGAUGGUUUGAAAACGCCAUGGAGUAUAAAAAGACCCAACUAAUAAGAUAUGACACUUGAAUAUAAGUUUUGCUGUUCAUGAAAAAUCGCAAUGGCUCCGAUUCGCUCUCACUUCCCCUAUUCACAGCUGAAUUAGAGAGAGUGAGAGUCAGAGAGAAAAAGAAACAGAAAUGGAAGGUAGAAUAAAGUUUUGGUUCAAAUUUUCAGUUUAAUGCUGUCGGCAAAUUGCUAGUAACGUGUUCAUAUCACAGUAUAUAUAAAUAAAAAAAUCAUUCACUUACAAUAGAUACACAGUUAUGUGCAGAAUGGAAGAGUUUUUUGCUUACACAAAUAGAGAGUGCAUAUAUUACUCCAUAGAAACCAUUGCAAAUGGAGAAGUAUACCACAUAAAAACGAAGAGAGAACAAGAAAGGCACAUUAUUAUCAUUAAAAGUCAUAAAUGUUUUAUUCGAAAAUUUCCCGGAAUGCGCACAUUGAUUGGAGUAUAAAGUAAAAGUACAUGAAAACAAGCGAAAAAACCAAAAAAAAAAAGAGAAUAAGAUAACAAAAAAACGCGUACCGUUAUAUUUGCGCAUAAGAUAGGGCUUAAUAUUUACUAUAAAUUUAAAGAUAAAGAUUAUUCGCAUAAGUAAGUAGCUUUAAAUUGUUUGAAUUUAAAUGUAAACGCUUGUUCCAGCAAAGAGUAGUGUAAUCAACCAAAUGCUAUAUCCAUCGAUUGUGUAAUCGACAAUCGUUUCUCGUACGUAUUUACAGAAAAGAAAAGAAAAAAGCACUAAACAAACAAAUAGAAUACGCAUGUCAUGUAUGCGGUAACAAUGUAACUAGAGCACAGCCACAAACUGAAGUGUAAAUACUUUAGAUAAAAAAAAGAUCAUUAAGAAAUUUUUUGAUGAAAGUGAAGUUUAAAUUUCAUUCACAUUGAUCUCACAAAGUUGAACUGCUCACAACCAGUUAUCUGAAUAUCCGCUGAUAGUUUCAUACGCUGGAUGCAACAUCAGUCCAAAAGUCAUCAGUGAGCUCGGCUGCUGAGCAUCAGCAUCUAAGAAUAUCAGUGGCUAUUCAGAUAGCUGAUAUACUGCUCUGGCAUACACUUUGUUUUCAUUAAAAUUUAUAUCCAGUAGGCAGUGUUGAAUAAAUGAUAAAAAUGUGUUAAUUAUUAAUUUUACAAAAAAAGAGUUAGACCGUUUGUUGCUAUUCUGACGAAGUCAAUAUAACGGCAAUACUCUUCGACACACUUUCAAAAAUUAAAUAUGCAUCGUUUGUUCAUGUAACAGAUAGAUAAAAAUAUUCAUUCUUUCAAGAGAAAGAGGGAAGAAAUGUUUCUUUUUCACCAAAAUUUGAUGAAUUAUGAUGUUAGUGUUGUUUCUAUCUGGUCACUAUCCUUCCAUAGCAUGGAAGCCAUAUCGAAACUGUUAUAAGCUGAUUCGAUAAGUUCAACAUAAACCGAAUUUGUAAUUUUUAAAAGAUUUAACUUAUUGAAUUUGAAUCCAUGCGUUCACAACCAUUUAUAUUCAAUGAUGAAAUAAAAUAGGGAUGUCUGUUAAAUGACCAAGCCCACAUCAUUCAACCCCAGAAAUGUAGCGUGAAAUAAAAUUAAAUUUUAAACUAAAUAAAAGGAAAACAAAAAAAAAUGCAUAAUCCGAAUAAGUAAUAAAACACGACUAUUUACUAUAAUAAUAUGAUUAAAAGAAGAAAUAAUAAUUAUUUAUAACUAAAAAGAAAAAAAAAUUAGAAAGAAAGAAAAAACUUUUCGGUUUUAGCACAAACACAAUGUCUUCGAUUCAAUGCCUAUUUAUAAAUUAAAAAGAAAUGUUCUUGUUUGAGAGUUUAUGUAAGCGACAGAAAAAGAAGAAGAAUACGAAGGGAUUUUCAUUUCUGUUUUGAUUAAACGUUGUUAUGAAGUUCAAAAUUCUUUUAAAUGUGAAUUGUAUUUUAUGUUAUGUUUAGUCAAUAGUUUAUGAGUGUGAUUUGCUUCACGAAAUACUGGAAUGUUCAUUUUCAAUCCAAUUGAAUACACAAAACACCGAACGUAAUGCUGAAAUGUAAACGAGAGCAAGAGCGACAAACGUUAUAUGAUUUUAAGUUUAGAUAAAUUGCACAAAAGUAGUGUGCAAUACACCUGUAAAUGCAAUCGGAUGUAGUUUUGCUUGAUAUUUUCUCUAUUUAUUUUUGAAACAAAACAAACAACCAAAAUACAUAUACACACAUCACUGAUUACUGAAUAAUUUAACGGACGAACGCUGCGCUGAAAACAAACCAUUACACAUUAAAACAUUUAAUGAAAAUGAAAACAACAACACAAAAAAUAACAAACACAUUGCAAACCACUAACCUGUAUUAUAUAUAUAUAUUUAUUUAAAUCAAAUAAAAAUCUUCUAAAUACUUGUAGAAACUAGAAAACAACAAUAAAACUGAACUAAUUCUUAUCUUUAUGCAACCGCCA